GUAGUACCAACCUCGUGAUGCAACAAACAUCAUAUAAUCUUUUUCUGUGCUGUUUUUCAUUACACUUAUUCUAAUUCGUUUUAAAACAAUAACCAUCACUAUAUGUUCAACUAGUAGUUUGUAGUUAGGGGAAAAUAAAAAUAUUGUGUUCAAAUGUAGAUAAAACCAUGGAAGAACAGGUAGAUAUGAAUAAAGAACUCCAGACAGACCAAGCGGUGGAUACAUUCCAAUCUCAGCAUUGUUCAAAUCAUGCAUUUGACUUAGCUAAUAAUCAUCAUGGACAUUUAAAUCUUGCAUUUGAGCCAUCUAGUAAAGCUUCUAGCAGAAAAGUGUCAUCAGUAUCAUCGCAUAUAGAAGAGUCAUCAGUAAUGAAAAAAAGUCAGAUGCAUAAAUCGAAUUCAGAAAAAAUGUUGAACUUAAACAGUCAAGACUUAUACGCCAGUCAUGAAAAUGAAAGCUCGUGGUGGUAUGAUGUAUGUAUAAGAUUGAAUUCAGCCGAAGAGGUGAAGAAAGAAUAUCAACCCGAAAUAUGGAGAAGAGUUUGCCCACAACCAUAUUGUCUUUCGUACCGUAGGGUGACCCGAAUUUUAGCUUUAACGUUAAUAGGAUUUUUAGCUUGGACAAUUUUGUAUGCGAUUGUUGGUGAUAUCGCAGCACCUCCAAAAGGUCAAAUUUUUCAGCUCAUUAUUCUCAGUAUAUUUUCAUAUUUCGGUGGAUGGUUAUUCGGAUUAACCACUUUACCUGCCUUGGUAGGAAUGCUAUUCACCGGAAUAGCCAUGCAGAAUUUAAAUAUUGUGAAUAUUGAUGCUUCUUUCUCGCAUCUUAAUAAACACUUGAGUGCUGUCGCUUUGGUAAUAAUACUCACUAGGGCGGGUUUAGAUCUUGAUCCAUCAGCGGUAAACAAAUUGAAAUUCACAGUUUUGAAAUUAUCAAUCAUUCCAUGGACAACAGAAGCUGCUGUUACUAUAGUUUUAUCAAAAUUUUUAUUGAGUAUUGGAUGGAAAUACGCAAUUCUUCUUGGUAGCAUAACGGCAGCAGUAGCCCCUGCCGUGGUGGUACCAUGUCUCUUUCGGUUACGCUCCAAAGGUUAUGGAGUUGUUAAGGGAAUCCCGACAUUAAUAAUAGCUGUAGCUAGUAUAGAUGAUGCACUUUCCGUAGCUAUAUUUGGAGUUGUAUUGGGAAUCAUCUUCAAUGGAUCUAGUAUUACCGAAGGAGUUGUUUUCGGUAGCCUAUCGAUUUUAGCAGGCAUGGUAAUUGGAGUGAUGUGGGGAAUGAUUUGCAACCUCACUCCUGAAAGAAACGAUCCUUUUGCUGCACCCUUAAGAAUCCUACUUCUUCUAGUCGGAGGUCUAGCAGGAGUUUUCGGAAGUGAGCUUAUUGGUUACGGAGGUGCUGGUCCUUUGAUAUGCGUUACAGCUGCUUUUGUGUCUCUUGUUAACUGGUCAAAGCAAGGUUGGCAUAUUGAAGAGAAUCCUGCAGCCAUAGCUUUCGAGAUAUUUUGGAUGAUUUUCCAGCCUAUUUUAUUCGGAAUUACUGGAUCUAAAAUUAAAUUGAGAGAAUUGGACGGAGAAAUUGUACUUAUAAGCUUGGGAAUCCUCCUGUUGGUAGUAUUACUGCGAAUUGGCGUAACAAUAUUAGUGGGAAUCGGAUGUAAUAUGAAUUUGAAGGAAAAAUUAUUUGUCAGCGUCUCAUGGAUAAGUAAAGGUAUAGUGCAGGCUGCAUUAGGACCUAUAGCACUAUCUUUACUAGAACACAAGGAAAGUAGUGAGAAAAUGGACGCAGAGAAGUUAUUGCAAUGUUGUAUUCUUUCCAUAAUUCUCACAGCUCCAACCGGGGCAUUACUAACUACUGUACUUGGACCAAUUCUUCUCACUAAAGAGAAAUCUCAUUCUCCAGAAUCGGCAAUUAGGAGGAAAAGUAGGAGACAAUCUUUUCUCAGUCCAGAUUUAUUAGUAGAUAAAAAUAAUUUUGAAGAGGGAGAGCUUGGGAAUAACGCUGCAAUAACCGCUAUUGUUGAAGAAGAUGGAGAAACUUAUAAAUCUCAAAAAUAAUGAUCAAUUUGCAAAUAUUAGUGUUUUUUACAUGAUUUUGUACGGAAUUCUCGAACAAAUAGGGCGAUUUGAUCUGAUAUAACUGGCGAAUUCCAUUUGACUUAUUUGAUUUGUCUAUACUAUAUGAUACUCAUGUCUCCAUCACCGCUUAUUGAAGAUAUUCAGUUAAAUUUUUUUAUUGAAAUUUCAAACACAGUCUUAUAAAUAUUUAAUGGUAAUCUUCACCUAUAAUAUAACCAAAGUCCAGUGAAUUGACUAAAAUGUGUUAAAAACUGUUAAAGUAAAUAGAGAAACUUGGAAUAUUA